AUGACUUCCAAUGAUAAUUUGAAUGAUAAUGAAAUUCGUGAGUUCUUUAUGGAUUCUGGAAGUGAAGACGAAAGUGAAAGUGAAUUUGAUAGUAAUUUUAUGGACGAUAGUCAGCCAGGUCCCAGUGGAAUGAAUAGUUCUAACCUACAAAGACUUGAUCAUUCAAGUUUGCAAGACAGUGGAACAGACAGUGACAAUUCAAUUGUGAUGGAUGUUGAUUCGGAGGAUUCUGAAAGUGAUGAAGAAGUGUUCAUAGGCCCACAGAAUUUGUACGAUUGGGUAGAUGCCACAGAUACCAGUAAGUUCGUGCCUCAUUUAUUUGAUUUUGAUGACACCAAUUCUGGUAUAGACCAUAAUUUAGGGCUAAGUGCAGAUAGCACUGAAAGUGAUUGCUUCAAAGUGCUAUUUGAUAGUGAUCUCGUUACUCACAUUGUUGAAGAAACAAAUAGAUAUUGCGAGCAAUAUAAAAGUAGUACAGUUUUGAAAAAGAAAUCAAAACUGCAUAAAUGGUAUGACACGGUUUUGGAAGAAAUCUAUACCUUUUUGGCUAUCAUAAUGCUUAUGCCCCAUAAUAAGAAAAACAAGAUCAUGGAUUACUGGAGUACAGACCCCUUGCUGCACACUCCAAUAUUUGGAAAAAUAUUUUCUCAAGACAGAUUCAUGAGUUUACUCAGAAUGCUCCACUUUGUAAAUAAUGAAGACCGUGUGCAAGGAGAUAGACUGGGAAAAAUCACAACAAUCUUCCAUUCUCUGAGGAUGAAAUUCAAAAAUGUCUUCACACCUUUCAAGAAUGUGUGCAUUGAUGAAAGUAUGCUCCAGUGGAAAGGAAGACUAUCAUUCAAACAGUUUAUGCCUCAAAAACGUCACAGGUUUGGAAUAAAAAUAUUCAUAUUGUGUGACUGUAAUACAGGAUUUAUAAACGACAUGGUUGUCUACACAGGAAAACAGACAACAAUUGAUAUAAUUGAUUCUUUGGGCAUUUCUGGGUCGGUUGUAACUACAUUACUGGAACCACACUUAGGCUUAGGACAUACUGUGUAUGUGGACAAUUGGUACACGAGCCCCCACCUGUUCCAAUAUCUCUACACAAAUAAAACUGGAGCUGUGGGCACCGUGAGAAGCAACAGGAAAGAUCUGUCAAAGUUUCCUAAAAUGAAAAGUGGGGAGUACACUGCUAAGAAGACAACAUGCUUAUUAGCAGAAAAGUGGGUGGACAGAAAGGAAGUUCAUAUGUUGUCCUCAGUACACACUAAUGAACUGAGAGAAACUGGAAAGGUGCACUACAGGACAAAAUUACCUAUAAUAAAACCAGCAAGUGUGAUCGACUAUAAUAAGAACAUGGGACUCAUAGACAAAUCAGACAUGCAGAUCUCCUUUACAGACAGUGCUCGAAAAUCUGCCAAGUGGUACAAGAAGUUUUUUUUUCAUUUGUUGGAUGUGGUGGUAUAUAAUGCAUUUAUUAUGCACAGAAUGGUAACAGGGAAAAAUAUGGAACUUGGACAGUUCAGGCUGAAUUUGAUUAGGCAACUGUUGGAAGAAUUUACGCCACAAAGGGCAUCACGUGCAGGUGGAAGGAAAUCUAAGCACCAGGAUUCACCUCUUCGUUUGAAAGCCAGACAUUUCCCGGAUAUGAUACCUUCCACGGCUAGUGUACUCAAGCCAAGGAGAGCUUGCAGAGUCUGCAAGACAACCACUCUACAACCCCAGAAGAGACAAGACACUCAUUGGCUGUGCAAGGAGUGUGGAGAUGUGCCGCUGUGCAUGCCAGAGUGUUUUCGUGCUUACCACUCUCUCAGAAACUACUAA